AUGGCACAAAAUAAGGAAACAGUUAUUCUUGUGUUGGACGUUAGUCCAUCCAUGUGCGAUGCUCCACCUGGCCAGGAUUCUCCACUACAAGCAGCUCUGGAUGCUAUUACGUUGAUUGUACAGCGCAAGAUAUUUGCUGAAUCCAAAGAUGAAAUUGCAUUGGUGUUGUUUGGUACAGUGGAAACAGACAACCCCUUAGCAGCUGCAGAUGAGGACGGCGAGUCUUACAGGAAUGUGUCAGUGGUACAGCCUCUUAAUGUGGCCAGUUUUGAUUUCCUGGAAUAUGUCACAAAAUACACUCACUCUAAGACAACAUCAGCAGAUUUUAUUGAUGCUUUGAUUGUUGCAAUGGACCAUUUACAGAGAACUUUACAAUACAAAAAAGGUUUUAAAAACAAACAAGUGAUAUUGUUGUCUAAUUUUGAUAAUCCAUUUGAAGAUGAUCAACUGAAUGACAUCAUUGCAGGAAUGAAGACUCAAGGAACAGAAUUGAAUGUCAUUGGUCCUGACCUGGAUUAUGAAAUUAGUGAGGAUGGUUCUGGUGAUCAAUAUACCAUGACAAAUGGUAUUAAGAAAGAGAAGACCAAACAACAAAGAGCAGGAGAAGCUGUUGUGAAGAAAAUGCUCAAAGAAACCAAUGGAAAUUCUUAUUCUUUUGGAGAGGCAUUGUCUAUGUUAAGUCACUUUACUUCAAGGCAAACAAACCCAUCUGCAUGGAAGUGUGAUUUGGAGAUUGGUGAUCUUAUAACCAUUCCUAUACAUGGUUAUAUCAAGGUGAAAGCCCAUAAACUUAAACAAUCCUGGAAAAAGGUUUACACUAAAGAUCCUGAUGCAACUUUCACUACAGCCAGAACAUUCCACUUAAAUGAUGAGCAGGAGACGGAAAUUGGCAAUGAUGAAGUUGUUGAUGGUUAUCGUUAUGGAUCUACUUUGGUGCCAAUGAGUGACAAAGACAAGAAGGAAAUGAAAUACAAGUCUGAAAAAUGUUUCAAAAUACUUGGAUUUACUCGUCCUGAAAAUGUCCCAUCACAUUAUUAUAUGGGUGAUUCAAGCAUGUGUGUUGUGGGUGACCCUUCUGACCCUGUGAGUAAUGCUUUUAGUCCUAUUCUAUUUUUUUUCAUCUAG